UACCAGCAUUCUUAUGACAGCAGCUAAACUCGAAACUGAGCAGAGAUCAGAAAAUGGAUGCUGCUUACAGCCGGAUGUGUAACAACUAAAUAUGACCCGACGCGGAACAUUCAUGCGCAUGUGCUCUACGGAGGAAAAAUAUUGUAACUACAAACAUAGUGUCUGCUGAGGUUUGACUUGUUGGCGGUCAGGUGAGUUUUUGAUCGUCAGGUGAGUUUUUAAAACUGCGUCAUGGGAGUGCACGGACUGUGGAGGCUGCUGGAGAGCACGGGGAAACCCAUCAACCCCGAGACUCUGGAGGGAAAGAUCCUUGCAGUUGACAUCAGUAUAUGGCUGAACCAGGCAGUGAAGGGGGUCAGGGACCGUGAAGGCAACAGUGUCCAGAACGCCCACCUGCUCACUCUCUUCCACCGCAUCUGUAAGCUGCUCUUCUUCCGCAUCAGGCCGGUCUUUGUGUUCGAUGGAGACGCCCCACUGCUGAAGAAGCAGACUCUGGCUCUGAGGAGGCAGAGGAAAGAGGAGUUGAGCAGAGAGUCUAAACAGACCAACGAGAAACUCCUCAAGACCUUCCUGAAGAGACAAGCUAUCAAAGCUGCACUCGGAGACCGCAGUAAGGAUCCUCUACCCAGCCUGUCCAGCGUGAGGAGAGAUGAGGUGGACGACAUGUAUGUUCUACCAGCCCUGCCAGCUGCAGAGGAGAAGGACAAAAGCAGUUCGGAAGAGGAGGAGGAGGAGAAAGAGCGGGAGGAGAUGGAUGACAGUUAUCACAUGUAUCAGGGAGAACUGUACGACGACCCGAACUCAGUGGACAUCAACUCAGAGGAGUUCGCCUGCCUGCCUCCUGAAAUGAAACACGAGAUCCUCAAAGACAUGAAAGAGUUUUCCAAAAGACGCCGGACCAUGUACCACAAACCUCCAGAGCAAUCCGGAGAUUUUUCCCAGUACCAGUUGGCCGGCCUUCUGCAGAGGAACAAGCUGAACCAACGUCUGGUGGGUCUGGAGAAAGAGAUGAGCCAGCAGAGCGCCGGCAGCGCUCCACAGCUCUACGAACAGGAUGGGGAGCAGCAGAGUCACAGCGUGGAGUCACAGCGACUGGUUUCAGAAGAUUAUUCCCACUAUAUUCUCAUCAAAGGCUCUAAAAAGAAGAACGAGACUGCUCCCGAGAGUCAACUGGCAGCCGCUCCGUGGUCUGGUGGCUUCCUUUCGGGCAGCAAAAGACGACCGGCAGGCAGACCCGAGCCCCUGUGGCGCCCUGUUUGUGAGGAAGAGGAGAAAGCGCAUGCUUCGUCCUCUGAAGACUCCAAACCCUCUGUCUUAAAACCGUCUCAGGGAGACAAGUCACUACCAUCACCUCGUACUCUCCAGGCAAUCCAGGCUGCAAUGAACAACAGCUCGGACGAGGAGAAGGCGGACUGGGAUAAGAGGGGGGGUAGUUUGUCCCCACGUACUCAGCUGGCGAUCCAAAAGGCUCUUGCAGAGGACGACACGGCUGAACACGGGACUCUAAUCGACAGCUCAUCCACCAAAGCGCAGGCGAAUAUUGAUCGUCCUGUGCCACAAGUGGUCAUCAGCAGCUCAGAGGAAGAGCCAGAACCUCAGGAUGUGAACUCGUUACUGAGUGAAAAAAAUGAUUUUAAGGUGAACCUAACAGGACAAAGAUUAGACGUGAAAGACAGUGUGUUAAAUAGUAGUUCUGAGGAUGAGAUAGAGGAAUUGAUUGGACGGAGAAAUAAAGCGCUUCACUUUGCGGCGCUGCAAAAUCCUCCGAAGAGAGAGACGAGGUUAGAAGAGGAGACAGAGAAAGGACAAGUGUCAGACGCCGAGCAGCGACUGAUCACAAAGAAUGGGGUUCAACCACAGGGUGCUGCUGCUUCUAAUCAAAACUCAAUAUCCAUCAAUAACUCCAAUCAGAUACUCGGGAAUCUUCUCAGUGUAGAGACUGAAUUGCGUCCUGUGCUGUCCGAGCAGAGGAGUGACAAGACUCCUGAAGGAGAUCGCAGUGAGGAGAGCGAGUCAGAAGAGAGCUUCAUCGAGGUGUCAGAGGAAGAAUUUAAAGAGGAUGAUGAAGAUGAUUCACUCGUAAUGAUCAGAGAUGAAGGAUCUCCAGAUAAGCUCCAUAAAGAAGAAGAAGAAAGUUCAUCAGAGGGUCCCAGCAGUCCAGAUGCUGCUUCCACAUUAGAGGAAGACAAGGACAAGGGGAGACAGACCGAAGAGAAAGAGCUGAAGGAAGGAGCGCAGACAGAAUCCAGCUCCACUCCAGCGACUAAUGAAUGGGAACACUUUGACGCAGAUGAGCUGGAGGCUCUGGAGAGCUCUCUGCAGGUGGAGCAGAGCAGCCUGAGGGAGCUGAAACAGCAGCAGGAGAGGAUGGCCAACACGGUCACUGGACAGAUGUACCUGGAGAGUCAGGAGCUGCUGCGGCUGUUCGGCGUGCCGUUCCUGGUGGCGCCGAUGGAGGCCGAGGCUCAGUGCGCCGCCCUCGACCGCGCCGACCACACGCACGGCACCAUCACGGACGACUCGGACGUGUGGCUGUUUGGAGGGAGACACGUCUACAGGAACUUCUUCAGCCAGAACAAAUAUGUCGAACACUACCAGUACGCCGACAUGCAGAACCAGCUGGGUCUGGACAGGGCUAAAAUGAUAAACCUGGCUUACCUGCUGGGAAGUGACUACACAGAGGGCGUGCCCGGGGUCGGAUAUGUGACUGGCAUGGAGAUACUGAAUGAGUUCCCAGGGCCAGGCUUAGAGCCACUCAUACAGUUAAGUAAAUGGUGGUCAGAGGCUCAGGAGAAGAAGCGCCUGGUGGCUGAUCCUCGGGACACAAAGGUUAAGAAGAAACUGAGGAGUCUGAAGCUGCAUCCUGGCUUCCCCAGUCCUGCUGUGGCUCAGGCUUACCUGGAACCUGCUGUGGACCAGUCGGACAGCUCCUUCAGCUGGGGACGUCCACAGCUCGACAUGAUCAAAGAAUUCUGCCUGAGUCGUUUUGGUUGGAACAGUCGGAAGACAGAAGAGACUCUUCAGCCUGUGAUUAAACAGCUCAACACUCAGCAGACUCAGCUGCGGAUCGACUCAUUCUUCCGCAUGGAGCAACAGGAAAAGCAGGCGAUCCGCAGCCAGAGACUUCGCCGAGCAGUCACCUGCAUGAAGAGAAAGGAGAGAGAAGGAGGAGAGGAGGAAGAGGAGGACAGUGAGGAGGAAAUGCCAUUCCCAUCCAAGAGAGGGAAGGCGACAAGCAAGAGUCCUAAGAAAGGAGGAGAUGGAGUUAGAGAAGAGGCGAGGUCUGCAGCAGGAGGAGGGUUUCUGGGGUCACAGGUGAUCGUCGAACCUCCUCUAACACCUUCGAAGCAUGUGGGCACCAGCCAGGAGUCCCCAUCAGUGAAGAACGUCCCCCAGCCUACGAAGACCCUUCCUCAGAGAAUCAGCAGCAGCAGCUCUGGUGAGGACAGCGACGGUAGCGGUGAAGUCGCUAUGGUUACAGCUCGAUCUGUGUUCGAGGGUGGCCGACGAGGCCGCGGAGCAAAAAGCACAAGAGGGAGAGGAAGCACGAGAGGGAAGGGAAGAGGGAAGAAGUGAACUUCAAACACAACAUUAACAUAAAUUGCUGUUAAACAACAUGAAGAACGAAACAUUUCCAAAUAAUGUCUGAUAAAAUAUUUGAUAUUUAAAUGUGUAAAUGAGUCAUGAACUGUGAUGAAUUGAGCUUUUUCUGUAUUAUAGAAAACAUAUUUUGUACUACUGAUGUGACCGUAGCUGAAUAAUAAUGUUUUGCAUUAAAUUUGUGAAUUAG